AUGGUACGUAUCAUACCACCACUGUUGCUAGAUUGGUGGGAUUGCCAGAACGCCGAAGGAAGCGAAGGAGGACAUUUGGCAAGGGCAUUCUUACUGUUGAACCUGUGCGAACUGGGGGAGCUGAUCGACAAGAGCAUCCAGCCUGAAGAAGGAGGAACCGAAGUUCCCCAGGGACCCGUGGUCAAGCGAAUAAAGGUUUCUGCGGCAAUACAAGGACAAACUCAAGGUCGUGUAGCUGGGAAUGUCCUCGCGUUCAGUGAAGAAGACUUUGAGACUCUGUCUCAUCCGCACAACGAUGCGCUGGUAAUCUCGUUUCUCUUGAACAACAUUCGAAUCAAACAUGUACUCGUGGAUCCAGGUAGCUCAGCCAAUAUAAUCAGAUCAACGGUGAUAGAACAGCUCGGAUUGCUCGACCGGAUCAUACCUACCUCCCGAAUCCUCAACGGCUUCAAUAUGGCCAGCGAAGCAACAGAAAGAGAGAUCAUCCUCCCGAUAAACAUAUCUGAUGCAGUCCAAGAUACUAGAUUCCACGUCAUUAAAGGUGACGCAAGGUACAAUGCCUUGCCCGGUAGGCUGUGGAUACAUAACAUGAAGGCGGUACCAUCGACGUUGCUUCAGAUGAUGAAGUUUCCAGCAAAGGAUGGAAUAAGGACAGUGUAUGCGAGCAACAUGCGAUAA